AUGGACGCCAGAGCUCUGUGCAUCAGACUGUAUGCAGUUUCUCUUCAUAUUGUUCCAAACAGAUUGCAGUUCUUUGAAUAUGAAUCCAUAACAUUUCACUGUGAAGGAGUCGAUUAUUGUGAAGUUCUGCAUAAAUUUAAAGGGAAAAUAAAUGCAUGUAACAAAACUAACACGAGGACACCAACAGGAUCAUUCUGCAAAAUGAGAACUCUUUAUACAGACGACAGUGGAGAGUACUGGUAUGAGACUGAAGGCGGAAUAAGAAGCAACAGUAUCAACAUUUGUGUCACUAAUGGUUCUGUUAUCCUGGAGAGUCCUGCUGUUUCUGUGUUAAUGGAACAAACUGUGACUCUGAGCUGCAGGAACAAAACUGCUUCCUCCAACUUUACAGCUGAUUUCUACAAAGAUGGAGGUCACAUCCAUAGAAGCUCCACAGGAAGCAUGACCAUCCACAGAGUUUCAGAAUCAAACGAGGGACUUUACAAGUGUAACAUCUCAGGAGUUGGAGAAUCACCAGAGAGCUGGCUAAAAGUCUCAGACUCCCAAAUUGUGAAUUCAACUACUAAUCCAGACAGUCACAUAGAGACGAGCCACGCUUCCUCUUCUGCCACACCUUGGAUCACUGCUACGAUUUUAUUUCUUUUUCUCUUGAUUGUGACCAUGGGACUGUAUCACUUUAGCAAAGAGGCCAGUAGAGUGAACACAGGUAGAGCAACAUGUGCUGCUGUGAGAAAAAACAGGAAGAAGAAAGAUGGACUGUCCAAUAGACCUAUUUACAGCUUAGCCCAGGGUGAAACUCAACCACAAAAUGAAGGUGAACUGUCUUCUAGAACCUUUUAUUACAGUUUAGCCCAGGGUGACACUCAGCCACAAGGAGAAUCAGAACCCACCACAAAAAUCCUCUCACCAGGUAUAAACCAGCCCAUAGCAGAGGAUCCCUUUUAUUCUCCAAUCCAGACGGACCUCUACCAAAACAUCCUGAAGGAGAAUGUCUGGUCAUCUGUUCGUGACCUCCAGCAAAGCAGACUUGCGUUUUACAGCCGGACAAUGAUCCAAAACACACUAGCAAGUCCAAAUGAAGAUUUUGGAGUGGCCCAGUCAAAGUCCUGA